CCGCAUUCAACUCCACCUCUCAAUACAACUCCCCGCAAACACCACACAAGAUGUCGGGCCUCGAAAAAGCGCUCUUCAACCUCAAGUUCACAGCCAAGCAACUCAACCGCCAAGCCGCAAAAGCCAGCAAAGACGAGAAGACGGAGAAAGAUAAACUGAAGAAGGCAAUCCAACAAGGCCACAACGACAUCGCGAAAAUCUACGCCCAGAACGCGAUCCGGAAACAGAAUGAACGGCUGAAUCUGUUGAGACUAGGCAGUAGGAUCGAUGCCGUGGCAUCAAGAGUGCAGACGGCUGUCACGAUGCGCCAGGUGACGGGGAGCAUGAUGAAUGUGGUCAAGGGAAUGGAUCAAGCGAUGAAGGCUAUGGAUCUUGAGAAGAUCUCCGCAGUAAUGGACCGCUUCGAAACGCAAUUCGAAGACCUGGACGUCGCAACCGGCUACUACGAGAACGCGACCACGUCGGCGACGGCGGUCGGCACGCCGCAGGAGGAUGUCGAUCGGCUGAUGAACCAGGUUGCGGAUGAGGCGGGCGUGGAGCUGCAUCAGGAGAUGGAGGGCGCGAAGGCGGUUAGUGCGGCGCCGGUGAAGAGUGGGCCGACGGAGGUGGAGGAGGAUGGGUUGGGGGAGCGGUUGAGGGCUUUGAGGUCGUAGGUGUGGUGUGAGGAGGAAUGGGAUGGGUUGGGUCGGGGGGAUAGAGGAGUUGUGUUUAUAUUUUUCCACACAAGGCGUUGGGUUUGCUUUGGGGAUGGGAGAAUAGCGAAUGGAUUAACAUUUUCAUAUCAUCUUACGUUGGUUGCAAGUGCCGAUAAACGCCGAGUAGUGCUGGUGAGAACGGGAUGAUUGUGAUUG